AUGGGGAGAAGGCAUGUCAAGGAACUUCACCUUGGUCUGGAGGAGGAGGUAGGGGAGAAGGCAUGUCAAGGAACUUCACCUUGGUCUGGAGGAGGGGGGUAGGGGAGAAGGCAUGUCAAGGAACUUCACCUUGGUCUGGAGGAGGGGGUAGGGGAGAAGGCAUGUCAAGGAACUUCACCUUGGUCUGGAGGAGGGGGGUAGGGGAGAAGGCAUGUCAAGGAACUUCACCUUGGUCUGGAGGAGGGGGGUAGGGGAGAAGGCAUGUCAAGGAACUUCACCUUGGUCUGGAGGAGGGGGGUAGGGGAGAAGGCAUGUCAAGGAACUUCACCUUGGUCUGGAGGAGGGGGGUAGGGGAGAAGGCAUGUCAAGGAACUUCACCUUGGUCUGGAGGAGGGGGGUAGGGGAGAAGGCAUGUCAAGGAACUUCACCUUGGUCUGGAGGAGGGGGGUAGGGGAGAAGGCAUGUCAAGGAACUUCACCUUGGUCUGGAGGAGGGGGUAGGGGAGAAGGCAUGUCAAGGAACUUCACCUUGGUCUGGAGGAGGGGGUAGGGGAGAAGGCAUGUCAAGGAACUUCACCUUGGUCUGGGGUAGGGGGUAGGGGAGAAGGCAUGUCAAGGUUUUUUUCAUACUCAUGUUCAAAGGAAGACAUGGUGCAGUAAGAGUGUGUGUGCCUUCAGAAAGUUUUCACACCCGUUGACUUUUUCCACAUGUUGUGUUACAGCCUGAAUUUAAAAUGGAUUAAAUUGAGUAGUUUUUUUUAUCACUGGCUAGAAUUGUUAUUUAUUUAUAAAAAGCUGAAAUGUCUUGUCAAUAAGUAUUCAACCUCUUUGUUAUGGCAAGCCUAAAUUAGUUCAGGAGUAAAAAUGUGCUUAACAAGGUCUUCCAUCUUUUUAGGUAGAAAACGUGAAGACUGGCUAUGGUCAUCAGCGAGGAGCUGAGAGAUAAAUGAUAUGGAUUUCAUGUCUCAUUGACAAUUCUAGCAAGCACUGGUUAUGCAACAAACCUACUGAACCACUUCCUCACAAGCUACAAGUGCUGAUGCACUACAAUCUCUGGAGCAACACUCAAUCCACUCCUGAGAUGGAGACUUAUCCCGUCCACCCAUUCAUUUAAUUCUGACAGGUAUCACGAGAUUAUUUAUUUGAAGAGACAUUUUGAAGUACACACAUUGUAGUUGACUUAUAGAAAAUCAGUACUUGAUUUAACAGAAGGCUUUUCUGGUGAAGGUUAAAUAGCUGAGGUAAAAUGUAACAGUCCUAUAGUAUUUCUUACAGUAUACUGCAUGUAGAGCUAUAGAAUGUCUUUGAAAAAGCUGUGCAUGAGGUUAAGGCAUAUUGUCUUGCAAAAUGUCAAGUAUUUUUAAGGCUCAUGAUUAUAUAUACCCGUCCGGCUCAGUUGGUAGAGCAUUGCACUUGCAACGCCAGGGUUGUGGAUUCGAUUCCCAUGGGGGACCAGUACGAAUGAAAAUGUAUGCACUCGCUACUGUAAGUCGCUCUGGAUAAGAGCGUCUGCUAAAUGACUAAAAUGUAAAUGUAAAUGUUAUAAGUUGCACUACCUCAUCUCUGUACCCCACAAUUAUCUGUAAGGUCCUCAGUCGAGCAGUGAAUUUCAAACACAGAUUCAACCACAAAAACUAGGGAGGUUUUCCAAUGCCUCACAAAGAAGGGCAGAUGAGUACAGUGGGGGAAAAAAGUAUUUAUCAGCCACCAAUUGUGCAAGUUCUCCCACUUAAAUUGAUGAGAGAGGCCUGUAAUUUCCAUCAUAGGUACACGUCAACUAUGACAGACAAAUUGAGAAAAAAAAAUCUAGAAAAUCACAUUGUAGGAUUUUUAAUGAAUUUAUUUGCAAAUUAUGGUGGAAAAUAAGUAUUUGGUCACCUACAAACAAGCAAGAUUUCUGGCUCUCACAGACCUGUAACUUCUUCUUUAAGAGGCUCCUCUGUCCUCCACUCGUUACCUGUAUUAAUGGCACCUGUUUGAACUUGUUAUCAGUAUAAAAGACACCUGUCCACAACCUCAAACAGUCACACUCCAAACUCCACUAUGGCCAAGAACAAAGAGCUGUCAAAGGACAUCAGAAACAAAAUUGUAGACCUGCACCAGGCUGGGAAGACUGAAUCUGCAAUAGGUAAGCAACUUGGUUUGAAGAAAUCAACUGUGGGAGCAAUUAUUAGGAAAUGGAAGACAUACAAGACCACUGAUAAUCUCCCUCGAUCUGGGGCUCCACGCAAGAUCUCACCCUGUGGGGUCAAAAUGAUCACAAGAACGGUGAGCAAAAAUCCCAGAACCACACGGGGGGACCUAGUGAAUGACCUGCAGAGAGCUGGGACCAAAGUAACAAAGCCUACCAUCAGUAACACACUACGCCGCCAGGGACUCAAAUCCUGCAGUGCCAGACGUGUCCCCCUGCUUAAGCCAGUACAUGUCCAGGCCCGUCUGAAGUUUGCUAGAGUGCAUUUGGAUGAUCCAGAAGAGGAUUGGGAGAAUGUCAUAUGGUCAGAUGAAACCAAAAUAGAACUUGUUGGUAAAAACUCAACUCGUUGUGUUUGGAGGACAAAGAAUGCUGAAUUGCAUCCAAAGAACACCAUACCUACUGUGAAGCAUGGGGGUGGAAACAUCAUGCUUUGGGGCUGUUUUUCUGCAAAGGGACCAGGACGACUGAUCCGUGUAAAGGAAAGAAUGAAUGGGACCAUGUAUCGUGAGAUUUUGAGUGAAAACCUCCUUCCAUCAGCAAGGGCAUUGAAGAUGAAACGUGGCUGGGUCUUUCAGCAUGACAAUGAUCCCAAACACACCGCCCGGCAAACGAAGGAGUGGCUUCGUAAGAAGCAUUUCAAGGUCCUGGAGUGGCCUAGCCAGUCUCCAGAUCUCAACCCCACAGAAAAUCUUUGGAGGGAGUUGAAAGUCCGUGUUGCCCAGCGACAGCCCCAAAACAUCACUGCUCUAGAGGAGAUCUGCAUGGAGGAAUGGUCCAAAAUACCAGCAACAGUGUGUGAAAACCUUGUGAAGACUUACAGAAAACGUUUGACCUGUGUCAUUGCCAACAAAGGGUAUAUAACAAAGUAUUGAGAAACUUUUGUUAUUGACCAAAUACUUAUUUUCCACCAUAAUUUGCAAAUAAAUUCAUAAAAAAUCCUACAAUGUGAUUUUCUAGAUUUUUUUUCUUCUCAUUUUGUCUGUCAUAGUUGACGUGUACCUAUGAUGAAAAUUGCAGGCCUCUCAUCUUUUUAAGUGGGAGAACUUGCACAAUUGGUGGCUGACUAAAUACUUAUUUUCCCCACUGUAGGUAGAUGGGUAAAAAUAAAAAAGCAGACACUGAAUAUCCCUUUCAACAUGGUGAAGUUAUUCAUUGCACUUUGGAUGGUGUGUUAAUACACCCAGUCACUACAAAGAUACAGGCGUCCUUCCCAACUCAGUUGCCGGAGAGGAAGGAAACUGCUCAGGGAUUUUACCAUGAGGCCAAUGGUGACUUUAAAAUACACAAGUUUACGCGCUGUAUCCCGGUUGGCGCCAUAACUCUACACAAAUGCAUUUAAUUUCCGCCGGAAGUUGUUUGCACAACGUCUGCCGGUGUAAACACAGCGAUGUCGACGCUAGCUUGGGAACACGGUUCUACUACUUUGACUGGAGAUGGCGCUACUCUCCUCCACCCGAAUUCAGUGCAGAACUGGGAGGAUAACAUGACGACGUGGCCCAACAUAACGUACAGCAAGAUUUGCUCCUACUUCGUGCAAUCCAUGGCAAUAGAUGGAAAAGCAAUGGACAAUCUGAAAGCCUCCGAGGCAUAUCAAUAUCUGCACAGCAACAAAGUCGGUUGUGUCAUGUCAUACAAACAUGAUCGUUGUGUUUAUCUGAAAGCAAAUGUAGAGCCUAGCCAGUGUUUGAACAAUGCAUGGCAUAAUGCUUGGGUGCUGGUAACUGAAGCUGGAGAAGUCAAAACUGCGGGAUGUACGUGUGUUGCUGGACCAGGGAGAUCUUGUUCCCACUCAGCUGCGAUCCUGUGGAAGGUAAUUAUUACCCAUUUCUGCCUCGCACUGUGUGGCCUUGUCUACUUUAACAGACUGUGUUGUUGAACAGUAAAUGUGAUCAAUAUGUGACGGAUCCUCCCAUUGGGUCUGGGCAUCUCGAAAUUUUGGUGUAGCAGGCUCGGCCUCACAGACAGGCUGACAGGUUUCUGGAGCAUCUAAAAAGGGGAAGAGAAAACAUGGAUGGAGCAAAAUUAAUGCAGGCAUAGAGUCCUCUCACUACAAACAUCACAAUGGAAAAAUGUGUACUACAACAUUGCACUCACACGCACACACACAAUCAUCAUCACAACAGCCUGCCACCUUGCAUUGUAUUUAUGAUGUAGACUAAGGUACACGCAGGCAGGCACACACACACACACACACACACACACACAAUUAAUGAUGUAGCUAUCGUGGGCAUUGUUUGUCCCAUCUCCAAAACAAUCAACUGCCUUAGCAAAAUACCGGUAGCAAUGUUUAAUGUAUGACAACUUCUUCAUAAUUAACAGUAUUGUCAGCUUCAUAGCUAAAGUUGCUGAACUUACCCUCAGAUUCAAGUCUGCGUUUCUUUAUCUGGGGGGAGGCAGUGGUCCGCUGGGUGAGUUGACACCUCUUUGGCUGGGGAGGGCGAUUGUAUCCCAACCACAACUCUGGGAAAGGAUUAUCCUUGGUAGGUUUUUGGUCAACAAAGUGAUAGGAACAAACAAAAACGUUGAGGGGUGGUUUCUUUAGAUUCAGUGCCUUCAGCCAGGUCCUUGAUUCCGAGUCGGUAUCAGGCUUGCGAAAAAAUGUAAACAAUGGAGCGCAUGGACAUUGCCUCUUCGUAGCUGGUUUGUGGUCGUAGCACUCUCUAUCUAACCACUCGUUCAGGUGCUUUCUCGAGUUUUUGCAACCAACUACCGCACACGUCGUUCCCGAACCACUUUUCUUCAUGUUGUAAUUAUAAUUUUUAUAUCCUCUUUGUCACUGCGAUAUCAGUGCUUUGUCGGCACAACGGAGCUAGCUAGCAAAACAAACCCAGCCCGGCAGAACGGAAGUGGAUUGCAUCGACGGAAGGAGUUCAGGAAGUAGAGCGGAAACGGCUCAAAAACUUGUGUAUAGCUACAGAGUUUAAUGGCGCGAUGGGAGGGGAUAAAAUUAUCUGGCCCACUUUACCCCGGUGGGAGGAGUUUGCCGUGGCUGAAAAGUGGCCGGGAUACCUCUGGGGCAUGAGCCAGGUGCCCCUUUAAAAGCAGAUGAAAUUGACUCAAAACAAAGUGAUCUUGGUCAAGCAUGCAGAGUGAUAAAGUGUUUGGUCUUGGUAAAAUCCCCAUAUGUGCUUCAGCUGCCUUCCAAGUGUUUGAAAAUUCAAACAUUUUAUGGAAAAACAUGUUGUAGGCCUAUGUUCAUGAAAUAUGCACCAUGCUGCCUUGUUGACAAUAUGAUCCGGCAUUUGAAAUGGGCGUUCAGUCUAAUCGAACUCCCUGAAUAUCCAGCAGGUGCGAGCGUUUAGUAAUUAGAAAAAAGUCCGGAACUAAGGAUAUUUAUAGGGACGUGACCGACAGUCUGUACUUCCUUUCUACUGAGUCCACAAACAAUCCGCGGUGGUGAGUAUGCCUAGGCCACGGGUGUUAUGGCAAUUUGUUGCGCAAUCUUAUACCUAUAACAACAGGUCGGCGAUUAACUUUUAAAAAGUUAGUGCCUAACAUUUCUACUUGCAUCUGGUCUUUUACAGGCUAUACCAAAUGCAAUCCAAAAGGGUUUAGCAACAGAAUUGCUUAUGUAUGUGCACGCUAGACAAACAUCUGCAAUCUGUGUUUGGCGCCCAGUUUCUAGACCGAUAUAUUGUAUCUCAGUCUAGAAGUAAAACAAUAACCUAAAUGCAGUUGAGCCUUUUUACCGACCUGUCUACAGCCUGGUCUCAUGGACUAGAUGUAACAUAGUAAAUGUAAAUCCGGGACACUGUAGUGUAGUAUGUUAUGUUUGGUAAUGUAAUACAUACCAUACGAAAUGUAACAUUUACUUAAUGGAGUGUCUUGGGUUUACAUACAGAAUAAUACGAAAUGCUCUGAGACCAGGUUGGUGCCCGUUUGGGGAUGCUUCUGCCUGUAUAUCAGUGGAUGGACAGUUCUGAUAAGGAUGUUUUGCAUCCCCCAGGAAAUAAUUUCAGAUGUUAUUGUUAAGUACCACCUCCCCCGGUAGAUUUUUAUUUUAUUAGCUAACCAAUUUCCUAACCUUAACCUAAUUCUCUUUACCUUAUAGUUAAAGUCAAUUGACAAUCUGUAUCCCAGCUAGACAACCUCUAGGCAGUGCAGUAGGGAGGUCUUCCCAGGAGGAAUACUGAGUCAUAACUGACUUGGUUUAUUUUUCUCCUUUAGUCAUGGUUCUUCCUGGGCUUCAGGUUUGGAGAUGGAUACUCUUUGCCUGCAUUCACUGGAUUUGUGUCUGUCAAGAAACUGCAGGACCGUAAGUAAAUCUGCAGUCACAGAAGUUAGAAUUUAGUCAUCACACUUAAGUCUCUCGUCUUGGUUUAACACUCUCUCUGUCGGAGCAGAUUUAGAGCAAUUUUUCUGCAGAUCUUUAUCUCCACAGUAUUUUUCACCUAGGUUUGUGUUUAGAGGUAUCAUCUCAUUAGGUACUGAUUUUCCUGUGUUCUCUGUAGGGUUUAUAUGGUAGCCAUUCCUGCAGUGAUCCAGGCAGGCUCAGAGGCCAAGCUUUGUGCCAGCCUUCUGCAGCCCAACGAGACCCUGGUCAUGACCAUAUCUCUGAUGGCCGACGGGCAGAACAAUAUACUUCUCCACAAGAGUUCUGACCAAGAGUUUCAUCGCUGCUUCCAGUUUCAGGUCAGCCCAGCACUGGUGGACAUCCACAACCAUUCCAAUAAGAGUGGACUGGACUUCUCAGCUUUGAAUCUCUUAGUUUCUUGGUGCAAUGCCAGCUUAUUUUAUGGGAAAUAUCAAUGUGGUGGCCUACCAGAACUUUUCUGGGAUUCAGGCUCAAAUUUGUACCAGGUUUUGAUUGAAUGCUACUAUAUACUAUCUAGACAAUUGAUAUAUGCCACUUCUCCAAAGCAACUUCCAAUAAGGGGAGUGCAUAAUGUGAUCCCUGCAGGAGUUAAACGCUCUACCUUGAAGUUGCUAGUGGCACGCUCUUACCAACUGGGCCACACGGCACCACAUCUUAAUGUCCUAUGUUGUUGGUCCAUUAGUUCACCAGUGUUGCGCUCUUCCUCCCUGACAGGCCCCUCAUGUGAAGAGUGACAAAGUGCAAAACUUCAAGGUGGAGGUUCGAGGUGACACGUUUCUAUCAACAGAGGAGAGGAAGGUCAUGAUCAAACCCUACAGCCCCAUGACAUUCAUCCAAACGGACAAACCAAUCUAUAACCCAGGACAAACAGGUGAUGUUAGAGCCAGUACACCUUUAGUCUGGUUGCUAAGAAACAGGACAAUUAGGUGAUGGGAGUUCCAAAACUUCUUGGGCCCCAGACCCCAUUUUGAUAUCAACUUUCCAUGACCCCACCAUGUUCCCUUUCUUUAUUUGGGGCUAUGACCGUAUAUUACAAUCUGAAGGAAGUAUGGUUUGAAGUGAUUGGAAGGUAUUGAGAACUUCAGAAGAUCAUCAGGCAAUAGUUGUAUGAUCUUCUGUGUAGAAAAGAACACAUCAUUGUUAAUGAUCUUCCCCCAGUCUGAUUUGGUGCCUGGUCCUGUCCACUCUGUUCUAACAAGUCAUGCGUGGCUUAUGAACAUUGGAGAGGGAAACGGACGCCUGAAAAGCUUCAUUCAGGAAUGGGGUGCAGAUACAGGAAAAAACCCACUGUGGGGUCACUCAGGAUAUGUACACUGGAACGGAGUUUGAACCGACAUGCCACAUGUUACGAGAUGUUCCUCUCAUGGACGUAAUUGGAUAGUGUAAAUAUAUUCAGAACUCGCAGUGCAGUUUUCCUUCAUCUGCAAUUGAUUGAAUUGGGGCCUUAGUACCAACAGUGUAAAAUAUUAUCCAGAGUAGCUGUGACAAGUUCUGCUUACUUCACCAGUUUCCCUGGUUUUCCAGAAAUGCCGGGUGAAAGAUUCCUGGAAUCAGGAUGGGAAUCCUCCAACCAGGAUUUCUGGAAACCUUGGAAUUUUCAGUUGUCCGACAUGAUGCUUCUAAAAUUCUCAUUUUCUUGUCAUCGGCUUUUUACAGUGCAUUUUAGAGUCGUCACCUUGGAUACCAAUUUUAGCCCUGUCAAUCAGCUGGUGAGUGUUGAAAAUGUAAUAUUGAAAACAGUCCUUCAGAUCGGUGUCUACUAUUUCAAACCAAAAUACGGAUACAGAAGUAUCACAACUGAUGGGCAUAGCAAGUAUUAUGUAACAAGGUACAGCAAUCAACCAGUCAGGACAUGGGGUUUCCAUUCAUAUAGGUCAGAUUGGAAUGUAUGGGAUCAUCUUUUCCUGAGACUGAAUUCAUGUACUAAAUUGACAUUAGUCCCACUAAGCCAAUCACCUGUCUAGUUCCUAUAGUUGUAGACCGUUAUGCUCCUCUGAUGUUUUGGAGUUAUUCAUGAACCCAUCUCUUGUCUUUGCCCUUCACAGUACAACAUUGUGGAACUUGAGGUAAGACCCUUACAAGUCUAACUUUAUGAUGACUGUCACUGUAAAUACUGCAACAUUAGGACUCCACCCGCUAGCUAGGUCGUCAUUAAUUUCAACCUACUGUGGAAGUUAGCUAAAUACUUCCAAUCAGCUGUGUGUGUUCUGGGCCCCCUUCAGUAGGCCAAUGUUGCAGAUAGAAAUGUCAUGAAAAGAGCUGACUCCUGUAUACUGUUAUCUUGUUCUAUGAACCAACAGGAUGUUAAUCAGAACAGGAUUGGACAGUGGCUCAACACUACAUCCAGUGGCAACAUUUUGCAGCUUUCUCACCCCCUGAACUCUGAAGCACCUGUAGGAUCCUAUGCCAUUGUAGUGUGGAUUGGUCAAGACAAAAUAUACCAGAACUUCAAGGUAGAAAAGUAUGGUAGGUUGAGCUUUUUUCUUUUACCUGUCAUGCUAGGUAAUGUUAUGGCUCUGGCAGUUGAAUCAAUGCAUCACAAUCCUGGAACAUUCUAGAGUUGACUGCUGUUCUUUUAUCUGUAGUUCUGCCAAAGUUUGAGAUCAAAAUGAACCUCACCAACGAGAUCAGUAUUGUUCAAGAAGAGUAUGAAGUGGAAGUGUGUGCCAAGUGAGUAAACGCUAAUGGCGAUUCCAAUGCACUGUAGUUACAAGGUGAUGUGUAACUCCACUAAAUGUAAUGAUCUAAUAAUCGCAUUAUGCUAAUGCAGACCUGGGUUCUAAUAAGUAAUUUUAAUACUUUGAAAUGUGAAAGAUUUUAAGUAUUUGGUUAUUCUUUCUUUGAAAAUACAAGUAGUUGAAGGUAUUUGGAUAAACACUUGGAAAGUAUUUGAAAAUAAUAUUAUAUUAAUAAUGAUUUAAAAUACAAAUACUUCAAUAUGCAUGUAAGAUACUUGAACCCAGGUCUUCACUAAUGACACAUGCUAAUUGAAGACCUACAAUGCUACUGCUCAAUGUCCUGAACUGCUGCUAUUAAUCCCUGACACUUCAAACGUUUGCUACAGUGGCAUUUACAUGAACAGCUGGUUCUGUAUUCAUAAAGCAUCCUAGAUUGGGAUUGCUGCUCUAGGAUCCGGUCCCCCCCAUGACAUGUGACCUUGUUCAUUAUGAUCCUAAAGUUCAAACUGAUCCCUUUCUGAGAGUCUUUAUGAAUGUGGGUCCAGAUUCAUUGGCCAUGUUGAACACUUGACUUAAGCCUACAGGUUUGCACAAACCUUUGUCUCGUAUUAGGUUUUUAAUAUGGUGAUUGUCGACGUAGGAAAUUGUUUGAUUCUUUUGUCUUAUGAAUUGAAAUCAGGUACACGUAUGGACAGCCUGUACCUGGUAAAGCAGGGUUAAAGUUGUGCCGACUCUUGGGGGACAAUGUAGUGAUACCGAUAACAAUUGAUGAGAAACAUCCACAAGGAGUUCCUGAUUACACACCCCCCUGCCACAAAGAGUCAAUAGAGGUCUGGAUGCUUUCAUAAAACGAUCAUUAGUAGGACUGUUUAUACCAACAUAUUACAUUUGAAUGUGAUUUUAAUUUAUUUAACUUGGUUCUUAAUGUUUGAUUGAAUUAAUUUAAAUCUGUCCUCAGUGUGUUUGGUUCUGCUUGCUUUUCCCAGAUGGACCUAACAGGCUGUGCUUCCUGUGUCUUCAACAUGGCAAUUUUCACAAAGAAUUUAGGAGAGAAAUUGCUGGGAGACGUGUUUAGUUUCCAUGCAGAGGUACAGGAGGAGGGGACAGGUUAGUAUUAUCACAAUCAUUGGUAACAUUGCUGUCAAAUGAUGUGUUUUAUUGAGUAAAUGACAUGAAAUAACUAGUGCAUGUUUCAUUAGAUCAGGGUUUCCCCAAACUCUGUCCUGGGGCCCACCCUGGGUGCACGUUUUGGUUUUUGCCCUAGCACUACACAGCUGACUCAAAUAACCAACUCAUCAUGACGCUUUGAUUAUUUGAAUCCGCUGUAGUGCUAUGGCAAAAAACCUAAACCUGCACCCACGGGGGACCCCGGGACUGAGUUGGAGGAACUCUGCGUUAGAUCAUGAAGAUUGGCAAGAAUGAGCUGUUUGACCUUUGGUGCGACAGCGUUGUUUUAUAGAAUGCUGUUUUAUUGUCGUCUGUUUAUAAUAUCCUGCUGUACUGAAAUUCAGUUUCUGCGUUUUGAACUGCCAUUGUGCAUUGUGUUGGCUCUGGUAAUUGUGAAAUAUACCAUCCUAUUAUAAUUUAUUUUCCUUUGACAGGUAUUACACGGUCAGAGGAAAAACGCAUAGCGCUCUCCUAUGUGAUUGGAGAACUCUCAUUUGUCGACACGCCCCAAAUCUAUGAGCAUGGAUCAAUUAUUGAGGGCAAGGUAAGUCCAAAUACAGUGUUUCUGUUGCAUUGUGGAGGCCAUUUGUUCUUUGCCCUGCUUGCUGAACUACCAGUAUGUGUUAGUUAAUGACAUGUAGCGUCACUUCAUUCAUACAACUCCCCCCUUUUUCCUCAGAUAUAUGCUGUUCACUUCAACAACACACCCAUCUCUGACAUGUUAGUCUACCUGUUGGAGGAGAAGGGCUGGUCCUCAUAUCUACAACUACAGAACCUAACCACGGACAGUCGUGGUAUUGCCAGGUUCUCCCUAAACACAACCAGUAUGCCCAAAGAGAAUAUUAACCUCAUAGUAAGUAUGAUUCCUUCUAGGUUUUGACAGCCUCUUUAUGCUCAAGACCAACUCAGCCCUUGAUCCUACGCCAGCGUUUCCCUAACUGUCCUGGGGACCCCAAGGGGUGCAUGUUUUGAAUUUUGCCAUAGCACUACACGGCUCAUUCAAAUAACGGACUCUUUAUCAAGAUUUGAAUUAGCUGUGUAGUGCUAGGGCAAAAAACAAAAUGUGCACCGCUUGGGGUCCCCAGGACAGAGUUGGGGGAAACGCUACCCUAAGGCCUAUCAUGGUCUUGUGGGGAUCUGAGAAGAUUGAAUUGGUAAUAUUAGCAUGGUGGAACUUCCACCAAGCCUAUCAGAGGGUAAGGUGGAUCUGUUACCAUAUUGCUUACAUCUGUCCUCCCCUCAUAUCACCACUGUAUGUAGAACAUAGGGUCUAGGGGUUGAUUUAGGAUUGGUCCUUUAGACUCCUCCUCUUGUUCCUUUACAGGUAAGUGACACCCCACAAGUGGAGUACCGAGGAUACAGGGUCCCCUAUUUCAACAGAGGGCGUCACGUCCUCUCCCUGAUCCAGCCCGCUGCCCCUGACCGUAAACCCUCCAGCUCCCUGGCUAUUCAGAAGAUGGAGAAACCACUGGCAUGUGGGGAGGAAGUGUCAAUCACCAUCCACUAUGCCAUCGUAGGGGAGACCGUCCCGAAGGGCUCUGUGGAUGUCCUCUACCUGGUGAGUAGAACCCAGGAACUAGUUGACAACUUCCAAACCCAGGGUGGCUCCCAAAUGGAACCAUAUUUCCUAGUUGCACUACUUUUGACCAGGAUCAUUUCAGACAUUGCCCAAGCCUCGCACUUUUCAAAAGGAUGUUCCUAUACAACACAAACUCAUCAUCCAGCCUAAACCUUAGUAUUAGCCACCUCGAUAACAUAAGCCACAGCAAAUUGGACUUCGUAACAUAUCAUACAUCUCGUAACCUAUACGAAAUGGAUGGACAUCCACAUAACAACAUACUAAUUGCUGUGUCCUGGAUUUGUUUACCACGUCUACCCCGUGAGUCCAGGUUGCAUCAUCUCCUUUCUGAGUUGAUGACAACUGUUUCCCCCUUUCUCUCCAGGCCUUAUCCAGAGGGGUGAUAGUUCAGCAUGGACACAAGAACGUUACUGUGCAGCAGGACAGUCCUGGUGAGUGAGUUUCAUUAAGUGAUUCUGAACGUUCUGGAAGGCGCUUGAUGGCAGUGUGACCUGCUCUUGCGUUGCAGUAGCUGAGGGUGAAGUCACCUUGAAGUUGGCAGUGGUUCCAGAGAUGGCGCCGGUGGUUCAGCUCCUGGUGUACAGUAUGCUACCCAGUGAGACUGUCAUCGCCCACAGCAUGAACUUCCCCACUGAGAAAUGCUUCAGGAACAAGGUGUGCACAUCACAAACAUUGUUCUCAUUUUAUGUUGGUUAUGAAGUGUCAAUUAUUUCCAUGCACAUAGAUACUGUAUCAUACCUGCAGUAAAAGUGUAUAAUGUGUAUGCCAGGUGUUGGUGGAGUUCUCCCCCUCCAAUGCGGUCCCAGGGGAGGAGAACACCCUGCAUCUCUCUGCCCAGCCCGGUUCCCUCUGUGGCCUCAGCGCUGUGGACCAGAGUGUUGGCAUCAUGGAGCCAGGGAAGAGGCUGGAUGCUGAUAAGGUAACAGAGCUCACUGACGUGAACAACAGUCCUACCACCAUACCGACUGUUUUGGUGGUGCUGGGAAUGCAACCAGCCUCAGGGGAAGAACCAUUGACCACAGCAGACAUGGAAUGGGUCUGUUCACUGUUGGUCAUUUGGUGUGCUUUUAUCAGAGGUAAUGGGACUUAUUCUCUGGCUUGAGGCCCUCUUUCUAUUGACUGGAAAUCACCUCACUAUUGUUACAUAAUGAGGUAAUAUUCUGGGUUGUGUUCAUCAGGACAAUUUUCUAGACGUUUGGCAAUGGGGAAACAAAAUGGAGGUUCUUCUUAGUCCAAGUAGUCCCUCCCUGUUUCAGUCUGUUCUGUUUGGUCCCCAAGAACGUCAUUUCACUCCUUCCCAUAUUGUCCCAUUCCAGAUAUUUGAUUUGUUACCAGUCAAGGAGACAACCUAUAUUCCCUACGAGCUUGAAGAUUCAGUAGCAUGUUUACGUGUAAGACCAAGGAGAUCCAUAAUGCCGUACCCAGAUGGAACGUCUGGGGAGACAAAUGAUCCUUAUGCAGUUUUUCAGGUAAAUACUUCUGCCCUGUUCUCAACUUUGAAGCCUCUUUAUUGCUCUGGGAAGAAUCAGUCACCAUACCGUCACGAUGUGUUCAACUUACAGGUUACAUUGCUAAAAUCGCCUGAGGCUAAAACACAUGUACAGUGACAAAUAAAACUUUAAUAAUUUGCCAUUUCAUAGGCACUGGGACUGAAGCUGGCGACUAAUCUGGAUAUAAGAAUACCUUCCUGCCUCAGUUACCAGGGGAACCAGUACUAUCGCUCCUAUGGUGAGAUGUCCUAACCAACCCUUAUUCUCAUUGCUAGAAGUCUUCAAUGAAUCUUGGGAAAUGGAUUACUUUUGUUCUAACACAGCCUGGUUAAAGUGGUCAGAACGCUGCAUGCGCUCACUGUUGAGCAAAGCAUUCAGUCCAUUUUAACUUGAGAAUAAUGUGCAUGAUUUGUGUUAGUAGCUUACAGACCUAUGGCCUGGCCUGGAUCAGCGGGUCCUAGACUUGAAAUGGCUAUAGCUGGUGGAGUUGCCCCAACACCUCCGCCACCCAUACAGACGGUCCGUACAUUCUUCCCUGAGACAUGGAUUUGGGAUCUUGUGGGAAGUUGGGUAAGUGCUCUGCACAGUGAGGCUAGCCUUGGGUGAAAACCCUCUUAGCUAGAUUAGGAACCUGAACCUCUUUUAAACUGUAGUACAGAGUAGGCCAGGUUUCUCUUAGGAAAGAGCUCCUUUUACCUCAAUGGGUCUCCCUGGUUAGAUAAAGCUUAAAUGCAUUCGAAACGGUGUUCAAAUAAUUGGUACAGUCCUACUCUCUGUUGACUUUCUGUUUAAACCUCUGUAUUCCAGGGAGUCUGGAUCAGCAGAUGUCCCCCUGACAGUCCCAGACACCAUCACCACCUGGGAGACUGAGGUCUUCUGCCUGGCCCCCAGUGGCUUUGGUCUGGCUCCUCUGGUGGAGCUCACGGUCUUCCAGCCGUUUUUCUUGGAGCUCACCCUGCCCUACUCAGUCAUCCGGGGAGAGCACUUUGAGCUGAAGGCCACUGUGUUCAACUACCUCUCCAAGUGCAUCAUGGUACAGCACUGCACCAGGAUCGUAUUUAGUUUUUGUCAGACCAUGUUAUCUUACAAAGUGUUCCUCUUCGGCAGGUUUCUGUGACUCCGGCUCUCUCCCCAGACUACACUCUCACACCCUUGAAUGACGUCCACUACUCCUCAUGCUUGUGUGCCAAUGGACGGAAGACCUUCAGUUGGACAAUGGCUCCCUCUGUCCUGGGUAAGUCUCCCGUCAACCGUUCAAACAGCAGAAUGGAUGUCAACCUGAGUUGUGUACUGUCACUGUGUUGGAUGUUGUGUAAACCUGUGGUGUCUGCCAAUGUGUGUAGGGGUUUUGAACGUGUCCGUUAGUGCAGCGGCUGUCCAUUCCCACACUGCGUGUGACCAUGAGAUUGUGAACGUACCGGAGAGAGGACGCGUUGACACAGUCACACGGAGCCUGCUGGUGACGGUAUGUAGUUUGCUGCCGGGAACUAACCGUUAGGUUUGCACAGAUUGUCUAGUGUAACUGCCUCUGAAAAGAAUCCCUCUCCUGUCCUCCAGGCUGAGGGAACAGAGAAGACCGACACCUACAACUGGUUGCUGUGUCCAACUGGUCAGUAAUGAAUGAAUGUUCACGGUUGUUCGACGUGCUCUUCGCCAUUCAUCUUAUCAUCUUUGUGUCCACAGGAGAAACUCUGACAGAGGAGGUGGAACUGCAACUCCCCCAGAAUGUGGUGGAUGGAUCUGAUAGAAUUUCCCUCACCGUUCUGGGUAAAAUAAACUAUGGUUUGUGUAGUGGUGGGAAGACAACCCUUCUCCAGUGAUGAUGCUGCUGUUUGCUGAAGAGGACCGUCUUACAGAAGUCCCUUGUUUCUCUGUAGGGGACAUCCUGGGUCGGGCCCUCAACCACCAGGAUGGACUGUUGCAGAUGCCGUAUGGGUGUGGAGAGCAGAAUAUGGCCCUCCUCUCCCCCAAUAUCUACAUCCUGGAGUACCUGAGGAACACAGGGCAGCUCACCCCAGCCAUCCUAGACAAGGCCACCAAGUUCCUCACUAGUGGUAGGAGUGUCCCUUUUGAAUCUGGCUAAUAUUUAUUAUAGACAAACUUACUGAAACAGGGCUGGAUUUGUCCAGUAAAAGGUUUCUCCAGUGUGCCCUAAUGACUAGGACCCUGUUGUCAUGUAAAUGAUGGAGCUACAGUACAGAUGACAUCACUGACCCAACACAUGGAGGGACUUCCACAUGGUUUCUCACUGAAAUCAUUUGAUGUAGAAUAUUGACACUCUGUCCCAAAUGGCAGCCUAUUGCUUACAUAGUGCACUAUUUCCUGUCUCAAGUAGUUCACUAUAUAGGGCAGGACUCAACCCUGUUCCUGGAGAGAUACUGUCCUGUAAGGUUUCACUCAACCCUACUCUAACUGACCUUUUUUAAAUAAUUAGCUGGUUGAUGAGCUGAAUGGGGUUAAUUACAACUUGGGUUGGAGUGAGAACCUACAGGAGGGUAUCUCUCCAGGAACAGGGUUGAAGAGCCCUGAUAUGGAGACCCAUUUGGGGGCACAAACCCAGUGACUAUAAAAACCACUUGGUCACUGUUCACUCUAAAAACCCACCGACAGGUUACCAAAGGCAGCUGAACUACAAGACUGCUGACGGUGCAUACAGCACGUUUGGACAAGGCUUGGGGAAUACUUGGUGAGUACUUGGCUUGUAAACAACUGUCUGUUUCAAUGAAGUAGUGGCCAAUCAAAUGGCAUCGUCUCUGGCAGGGAGACCAUGGCUAUGUAAUGUGAAGCUCCAAGUCAUGUUUAUGACCAUCUUAUGUGGAUAUUAUGACUGCUUUUAAAUCAAGUUCUUUCUUCAGGCUGACUGCUUUUGUCUUGAGAUCCUUUGGCAAAGCACGGUCUUUCAUCUAUAUUGACCCGGCAAACAUGGAGCAAUCCAAGACUUGGCUGGAGAGUCAACAAGGCAAACAUGGCUGUUUCAGAAUUUUGGGGGAAACUCUUUAACAACAGAAUGAAGGUAUUUAUAUUGCUAAUAAACUGAACGAUGUUAGACGUAGUCUGUUUCGGCAGACCAGUCAUAAAGUUUGAUUUCAACAAUUGUAUCAGGCUAGAUACAGUUAGUAUUUUGACAUUGUUUUAUAGGGUGGCGUGACGGAUGAAGUCACACUGACUGCUUACGUCACUGCUUCAAUGCUGGAGCUCGACAUGUCAGUGUCGGUAAGUAACCUCACUCCAUAUAAAACAUUGAUUCUCACUCCAGCAACAUUGUUACAGGCUACUAAUUUAGCUUCCUGUAUGAAGUCUGUAUACAUCUUACAUCAACUGUCACUUACAGAUUAUACAAUGUAGUGAGUUACAGGGGAAUUGUUAUUUCUUUGAAGUAGCCUAUGAAAUAACAAAGAAUGGGCUGUACCAUGAACACAUCUGAAUGGUGUAGUUCUGCUACUAUUGAUAUUAGACUCAAUAUGCUACUACGAAGUGAGAAAGGAAAUGUGCUCCAGCUUGAAUGUCUCUAGCCUGGUCCCAGAUCUGUUGUCUGAUUUGACAUUUAUUUGAAGAGUCCCAUUGAGACCAAGGCCUCUUUAGCAGAGGAGCCCUGCAUAUACACAAGUUAUGCAACUUACAAAUGCAACAUAAUAAAAUGUACAAGAUUUUAUAAGCCAUUCAAGAAAAACCAAUCUCAUUCCUCAGCAAAACGUGGCCCCUAAUCAACAAUUUGAGAACUGCCUGAGGCCCCAGAACAGCAAGUUGAAUGGAGCCAGUCCAAACUGAUCUGGGACCAGGCUAGCAUGUCAAUGUGCUGCUGUUAUUCUGUGCUCCAGGAUCCUGUUGUGGACCGCAGCUUGUCUUGCCUGAAGAACUCGACCAGUGAUUUGUCCAACACCUACACUACUGCUCUGCUGGCCUACACCUUCGCCCUGGCAGGGGACAUGGAGACACGGGCCCAGCUUCUGCAGCACCUCAACACCAUCUCAUUACAAGAGGGUGAGCUAUAUCCUGGUCCAAGAUCUGUUAGUGCUGCCUUGAUUGAGCUUGCCUGGACAAUGGAUUACUCCUAAAAGUGCAAACCCUCGGCCCGUCUGGCACUCCAGAGAGGCCCAAUCAAACGGCCAGUAAAAGUGUUUUUAAGAACAAAUACACUUUGAACUGACUGUCAGUUGUUUUGGGCAUAAAAUGAAUUGGGGAGGUCAGAACUUUGUAUUAUGAUGAAUAAGCAGUCCUUAUUCUGACUUGUGCGCUCUCCUCGACCCUCAGGGGGUCUCCUGCACUGGUCCCAGUCCUCCUCAGAGACCUCACCAUCCCUUGAGGUGGAGACCAGCGCCUACGUUCUACUGGCGUCCCUCAGUGCCUCUCCUCUGUCGACCUCUGACCUGGGCUACGCUUCCCGCAUCGUCAGGUGGCUGGUGAGGCAGCAGAACGCCUACGGAGGCUUCUCCUCCACACAGGUAGACUUCCCAAACACAUUGGUCUGAAAUGGCACCCUGUGCUGUGCACUAGUAGAGACAUUAUUACGUUGACUUCUAUCAGACCACAGGCAUGUGCUCUUCAUGUCCAGCCUGGUGAGGCUAACUUCCACUGAUACAGAGCCAUGGAAUUGGGAAAUGGUCACUUUAGGAACUGUUCAAUGUAAAAAUCAACCCUUUCUGUAAAAUGGGCUCUUUAAUUUUGAAGUGAUUUUCCUGUGGUCUGUUUAGGACACGGUGGUGGCCCUCCAGGCCCUGGCUCUCUACUCCACCAGGGUGUUCAGUAGAGGAGGAGCCAGCACAGUGACAGUACAGUCUCCCAGUGGGCAUCAGUACCUCUUCUAUGUGAACCAAAACAACAAGCUUCUGUACCAGGAGAGGGCGCUGCAGGACACAGAAGGGAAGUACAGCAUUGAAGUGAAGGGCAGCGCUUGUGCCUCAGUGCAGGUCAGUGAAUACACAUCUCUCCUCCCAGUCCUGUGGUGGAAGAUGUGCUUUAAUAUACAUUAUUGGGAAGGUCAAACAUAUAAGAAGCUUCUUCUGGCUUGAUUUCUAGUUCAUUAAAUAUGUGUUUAUUCUAGCUUAUAAAAUGUUUGUUUUUGGACAGGAUGGUUUCCCUGACUUCCUCUUCUCUGUCCCAGGUGGCGCUCCACUACAACAUCCCUACUCCUACCAAAAGCACAACGCUCAGUAUCCAGGUGACUCCAGAGGUAGACUGCAACAGCAAGUCUUUGCGACCCAGAGUCACGCUGAAACUCCAGUGUCAGUAAGAAUGACGGACCCGUUUUGUAUUCACAGCAUUCUUUUAAAUGUUGACACUUCAGUGUUAUUUUGGAGCGUGUCUUACAGAAUGGAUUUGACCCAAAUGAAUUAGUUUCAUUAUACCGGUGUAUAUGUUAUUGACCUUCCAGUUGAUACCUAGGCUUGGAUAAGUAACAAUAACAUGAUGUAUCUGGCAGCCUGGUCUUUAUGGCUAAAAUAAUCCAAUUUGCGUGAAGUUGUUGUUGUGCACUCUCCUCAAACAAUAGCAUGGUAUUUUGUCACUGUAAUAGCUACUAUAAAUUGGACAGUGCAGUUAGAUUAACAAUAAUGUAAAGCUUUCUGCCCAGAUAAGACAUGUCUGUCCUGGAAAGUUACUUACAACGUCAUUCUAGUCACACUAGCAACAACCGUCCCAGUAUAGGGACACCGAUCCUGUAGAGGUUAUGGCUAAAAUAACCCAUGGAUCCAUUCAUUUGAUUAUUACAAGCGCUUGUCAAAAUCCAACUUCAUCAAUCAGCUCUUUGCUUUCACAGAUAUCAUGGAAAGGAGCUGACCACCAAUAUGAUUAUAGUGGAUUUGAAAAUGCUCUCUGGGUUUUCCCCAGAUCCAGACUCUUUGGGGAGGGUGAGUUUUUGUGUGACCUUUAUCCAUGGAGGUCUUGCCUCAUCUGUGACCCUUUCUAACACUGACUGUUUUUGUCCAUGCAAUAUGAAUGGCUUGUCUUCACAGCUGAGGGGUUCAAGUCAAGUGGAUCGGGUUGAUACCAAAGAUGACCAUGUGUUAACGUACUUGACAGAGGUGAGGUGAAAACCACCCAUCAGUUUGAAAUGGUCCACAUAGCACUCUGCAAUAUAAUGGGUGUCAUUUCAAAAUAAUAUAUAUUGAUGUACUUGUGGUGACAUGUCAGCAAAGCUGAAAUGUAACUUCUGCUUAGAUCAUUUAAUGACCAAUAUGUUUGUUUUUCUCCCAACAGUUAACAUCACUAUUUCCUUUCACCAUCACCCUGGACAUCAUACAGGAGCUCCCAGUACAGAAUCUAAAGCCAGCGGUGGUCAAGAUCUACGACUACUACCAGCCAAGCAAGUUGAUUUACUAACCUGCCCCAAAACCUCCUUUUCCAUGGUUUAAGUAACAUUUUUGGUCAACUUGUGUUCAUUUACUGAGACUAACAUGUCUUAUGGUUACAGGUGACCAGGCUGAGACAGAAUAUGUCUUCCCUUGCAAGUAGGAGUUCCAAGCUGGUGAGCUAUUUUAAAUCUAGAAUUAUUGGUGAUGAAUAAUUGUUUUCUAGCUGACCCAUAAACUAUACAUGUAGUAUAAAUGAUUUGGGAGCCUAUAUUCUUUAAUCUAAUUGCUGGUCUGUUACAUUUAAUUUAUUUGCUCUUCUGCAGAUGUAAGAUGACAUUGAGGUCACACCUGCAACCCUUCAGACCUCUUUCAAUUGCUGAAGUAAAUGAUGAAACUGGAAAUAAAGUUUUUCAUUAUAACCCUUUUCUGGAGUGUUUGUUUUAAAGAUUGUCACACUGAUAAGUGUUGGGUUUUAUUUUUCUCAUAA